UUGUAACUUCUUAAAAUGACUUCUGAAAACGAUAAGCAAGAUAUGCAUGCUCCCAAAGUUAAUCAAGUUGCCCAGGAGUACAUUGAUGCAUUGUUGAAGGAAGAAGCUCGUUUGCCUGAAGAUUUUCCCCUUUGCUCGGCAUUAAUAAGAGAUGCUAUUGAUCGCAUCUAUCUAACUGGCCGCAUACCUGGCAAAGAACUUAAAGCCGAUGUAUUCCAGCAAAAACCCAUCAAACUUACCCAGACUGUAUAUAUUCCCGUCAAACAAUAUCCCCAUUUCAAUUUUCUUGGCAAAAUUCUCGGACCCAAAGGCAAUACCCUCAAACGUUUGCAUCAAGAAACUAUGUGCAGCAUAGCCAUUAGGGGUCGUCGUUCUAUGCGUGAUCAGGAACGUGAAGAAGAAUUGGGUCAAUCCGGUGAUCCAGCCUUUAAUCAUUUGAAUAAGAACCUUUAUGUUGAACUUUCUACGGUAGCACCACCAGCCGAGGCCUAUGCUCGCAUUGUAUAUGCCUUAACUGAAAUACGUAAAUACAUCAUACCAGAUAAGAACGAUGAGAUUUCUCAGGAACAAUACCGCGAACUGGUGCAAAUGGAUCUGAGCAUGGCCAAGACGGCUGGUUUCGGCAGCAAAGUUGUGCCUAAGAGAUCUGUAUUUCAAAAGCUGGCGGCUUUAGGAGGCAGCGAGGACUAUACAAAUGAGCAAUACGACUCCGAUGAAGAUGAGCCCGCCGCAGCACCACCAACAACAUAUGGCGCUUAUAAGAAAGCUACCUUUGCUGCAGAGGUGCGUACCCAGCUUUGCAGUGAGUUGCAUGGACCCCUCAACAUCUGAAUAUGAACCAGAUCU